AGUAGUUUGUUAGAAACGCAACGCUGCGUUCUAAGUACGAACGUCAGUUCGAUACAAGUCGCUGCUCGGCCGCAUUGUAAAGUGCAGCGGGUAUUCUGCCACUGAGCUUUUUCAAAAUUUUUCUAUAUAAGUUAUCUGUUUUUCCAUGUUAAAAAGUUUCAAACAAAAAUAAUAUUUGAAAAUAAUAAUAAAAAAAAUUUAAAAUAAUUGUCUUUGGCAACAAAUUGAGAUAAAAAAAAAAUUAAAUAAAAAAUAACUAAGAAUUAAAAUAGAAAAAAAAAGAAAAGAAAAUAGAUUCAGCUUUCGGAAAUAUGAACAAAAAUUUGUAAAAGUCGUGAUUUUUGAUUUUGGAAAAAUGUUUUUUAAAUAUACGCGCCGUUUUUUAGUUUUUCGUUUUGCUAUCAACCUAAAGUUUGUGAACUCGAAAAUUGUCUGAAAUUAUACCAAAUAAAAAGAGAAAAGAAAAAUAAAAACGGAAAUAUACUGUUUUUGUACGUUUUAAGGUGCUCGUUUAUGCAACUGAUGAACACUUAUAUAAAUAUGUGAGAAAGGCAUUCGAUCAUUAAAAAGUGAAAAACAGAAAAAAAAGAAAGAAAAGAAAAACUUUGAAAAAUCGAAAAUACUUUUUAAAUACAAGAAUAACAAGCAAUUACACAAUUAAACCGAAAAUUUACGCAAAAAUUGGACAAAAUUUAAAAAACAAAACAAAAAACAAUUUAAUAGAAAAACACAUGAAACAAAUUGUUUAAGCCGACCGAUUUUACGAGACGAACACUAUAAACAACAGAGCCGUCAUUGGGUUAACGGCAUAUUGCUUCAUUUAUGGAUAUCUGGACGGGUAACGCCCGGCUGGCGAACUUUCUUUGUUAAGCAGCGUAAGCUGUCACCGACAUGGGCAGUGAGCACUACUGCUUGAGGUGGAACAAUCAUCAAUCCAACCUGUUAGGGGUGUUUAGUCAAUUAUUGCAGGACGAGAGUCUGGUGGACGUUACGUUAGCUUGUUCAGAGGGCGCUUCCAUCAGAGCCCACAAGGUGGUCCUCUCGGCCUGUUCAUCCUAUUUCCAGAGCCUGUUCCUGGACCACCCUUCCCGUCAUCCAAUUGUGAUAUUAAAAGACGUUCGUUUCUCCGAACUUAGAACACUAGUUGAAUUCAUGUAUAAAGGCGAGGUUAACGUGCAAUACUGCCAAUUGUCUGCUUUGCUUAAAACAGCAGAGUCGUUGAAGGUUAAGGGUUUAGCGGAAAUGACAAAUCAAAGUACAGCUUUGCGAGAACCGGAAAGAGAGCAAGAUCGCUUAAGACCACCUACACAUCCCACCACAAUUAACUCAUCUGCAACAAAGACAGAAUCUUUAGAUGCCACAAAACGUUUGGAGGUAGACCGAAGUAGCCCUUCGCCGACAAGACUGCAAUCACCGCCAACUUCAUUAGCUUUUUAUCCACGAAAGAAUAACAGAGACUAUUCAGAACCACCUGCAACUACUACCAAUAACGAUCAUACGUCAAUUAUUGAAGAUGAACGAGAUCGUCCUCGGUCACCGGAAGACGACGCAAUGUCAAACGAUGUUGGUAUCAAUAUGACGAUCCACUCGAAUUCUGUUCCAUCGUCGGUGGUUGUACCUCACGUUAAUUCAGCUUCGUCAAUGAACACUGAUGGUCGGCCAUCAUCGAGGGGUACAACUGGUAUUAGUACCAGCACGACUUGUACACCUGCUAUAUUGGCACCGACAAGUAGUGGUAUAUCAAGUCCAAACAUCAAUGAACCUGUGGCUGGACCAUCAGGGCUGGCGCCAGUUCAAUCAGUACCAUUGUCCUUAAAAAAGGAAAUCGACUGGGAUCGUUCAGAUGAAAAAUCUAUUGGAGAAUAUUCAUCGGAAUAUCGUCAUCAACAUGAUUCGGUCGAUGAGCACAAUAUGCCCUUGUUCGGUGGAAUGAUGUCCGGCCAAAGUAUGCGUUGUCCAACACCUUUUGCCUUUCCAUUCAAUCCAUUAGGAUUAGCACUUUUCGAUACCGAUCCGUCCAGAAUUCUAUCGAUUUUACAUCAUCAAACUCUCUUAGCCGAAGAGGCGUUACGUUACCGUGGAAUUAUUCUAUCGCCCAAGGAUCAAAUGCGCUACAGCAAUCCAUUGGUAGAGAUGUUGUCUAAGGAGCAGGAAUUGCUGAACAAACGAGCCUCUCUGUUCAAAACCAAUUUCCGUCAGUCACUCUCAAUUCAAGAUUUGAUUUCAUCUCCCAAAGAAAUGACAACAGAAGAAACCUCAAAGAAACGUAGUUUCCAAAGCACAAACAAAACAGAUGAAACCGUCCAGAAAAUUGAUGAUGACACUGAUGACUGCGAACCACGAUCAUCGAAAAGUCCAUCCAAUGACUCGCUCUACAAAAGAGCCAGUUCGUUCUUUCGCGAUGGCCAUCGAUUCAAUCCACUCAGCAGCACCGAAACGUCUAGCAAAGAAAAAAGUCCAAGUUCUUCGACGUCCUCCACUCCACCACUCAUAAAACCAAUACCAGAAUCUGCACUGCUGCAGGAAACUAUUGAGGAGGAAACGAAGUGCGUCGUAUGCAAUGCAAUAUUUCCGUCGGUGUGGUUACUCGAACAGCAUGCGGCCUUGCAGCAUGCAAAUUUGGGUCCGGAAAUGGAAAAACCGUUUAUAUGCGAACAGUGUGGCCAAUCGUAUCGUUACCGGUCAGCGUAUGUGAAACAUCGCGAACAGAAUCAUCGUGCUCGUUUGCCGGCAGAUAAGCUAUUCACCUGCGAUGUUUGUGGCAUGCAGUUUCGCUAUUUGAAGUCAUUUAAGAAGCAUCGAUUGAACCAUGCUCUAGAACGGUUACAUGGAAAGAACGGCCGAAAUAUGCUGGAAACGAACAGUGAUCUAGUGACAAGUUCAAAUGAAACAAAUGAAGAAAUAGCCGAAUUGCAAUUUGCUAUCAAGACGGAAGAGGAUGAAGAGGACCAGGACGAUACAGUCGAUUCCCCAACCGGUGUAAAUUUCGAAAAUACCAAUGAUGAGACGGGUGUUAAGAUAUCCAGUUCUGAUAUGGAGAAACCAGCUGCAGGAUUGAAAGAUGUUCGAAAUUUCAUAUUGAAGCAACCAAGCUUCCUUCAACCCCAUGAGCCUGAGUCUUCCAUGCCAUCAACAUCCAUCAAUAGUUUGAUCAAUGCGGAACGUAUACCGAACGAGCAAGCUUUAGGACUGAAUCCACAAGAGGCAUCCAUUUUGAAUUUCCUAAGAGUUGAUGCGGCCGAAAAGCAGCGAGAUCGCAGAAAUCCCAGCAGAUUUGCUUGUCCGUUUUGUGGAAAAUGUGUUCGUUCGAAAGAAAAUCUGAAACUACACGUACGCAAGCAUACCGGCGAGCGUCCAUUCGUUUGCUUGUUUUGUGGACGUGCUUUUGGUGGAAAGUCAGAUCUAACUCGCCAUCUCCGAAUCCACACCGGUGAACGUCCGUAUCAUUGUGAAGCCUGUGGCAAAUGCUUUGCUCGUGCCGACUAUUUGUCGAAACAUUUAACAACGCAUGUGCAUAAUUCGCCCCGCUGAGAUGAGGGUCGGAGGCGACGGAUCCUCCACAAUAGAUAAUUUUGUUAAAGAAAAAAGUAAAUUGAUUUUUAACGGGAAAAUAAAUUAAUAUUUUCCAUUUGAAGGAAAGCAAUAAUGAUCUUGCGGAAAGGGUUUAUAGUUUCUGUUAAAAGACGACGAUGAGAAAUAAGAAUAAAACGGGGAGAUAAAAUGAAACGUGAACUGUUUCAGAUACAUUUUAGCUUUUUAAGUAUGAUAUUUUACUGGAAAAGAAAUCUAAAACGAAAAGUAAAAAUGUUUUUUAAAUUUAUUAAGACAAAUCUAAUUUACAACCGUGGUCCUUAAAUUAAAAAUGAAUAAAAGAAACUAUAGAAAAGAAAGAGAUAAAAACCAGAAGACAAAGAAUAAAAGAAGAAAAAACAAAUAAAAUUAUUUUUUUACCGAUAAAUACAACCGAUAAUACUAAAUAAUGAGAUAUAGUUUGGUUUCAACCAUAGUUUUCAGCAAUUAAUAUCUGUGAUUAUACAAAAGAACAACCGAUUUAUAUUAAGUGAAAAAAAAGAAAAUAGCCAAUUAGCAUAAUUCAUUAAAAUAAAACAAAAAAUAGCAACAAAUUCCAUUUAACAAAAAAGUAAAGAAAAUAAACUUAAUGAACAAUACAAUAAAUACUAAAUAAACAAACAACAAAAAAACCACUGAUCAACGAUUUUUUUACCAGAAAAACAAAGCAGAAUGCAAAAAACGAAUCAAUUUAAAUUAAAAUUAAAAACCUAAAAAAAAUUAAAAACAAAAAUGGACGACAAACCUAAUCACAAUUAAAAAUGAUACAAUUUUUCGGUGUUUAUAUCUAGUCGCAAUUUUGGCUUUCGAUGUGGCUUUCGUCUUUAAAAAAAAACACAUACACACAAAACACACACUCACACGUAACGAUAAAAGUGUACAUCAAUUUUUAAAAUGAAAUUAUAUUCAGCCUAAAUACAAUUCGAAAAGGGGAAGUAAAUGGAAAUAGGCGCACACACGUACAUUCUUUAACAUUACUCUAUCAGAAAAAAAACGUAAAAAAUUUUGAUUAAUAAAAACAAAACACUAAAAUGAAAACAUCGAAAUAUAAAUUUUGUGUAUUCAUUUGAUUUUUAAAUAGAUAUAAAUUGUACCUACUCUAAAUAAAAAUUAAAUUAAAAAAAAGUCUCACUGUGCCAAAAUAUAUGUACCUCAUAAAAUAUAUAAUUUAUUAAAAAAUAAUAAAAAAAAUAACAAAACAGAAGAUAUUAAUUCAAAAAUAAUUAAAAAACUAAAAAAAAAACAACAAAAUAGUCAAUCGAAAUUACAAUGAACAAAGAGUAAGUAAAAAAAUUACUAAAAACUAAAAAAAAAGAAAAUGAAAAAUUUUGAAAUUAUUGAUGUCACAACCUACCACGUAAAAUUUAAACAUUAUUUACUACUUUUGCUAUUUAAACAAAAACAAAAAAAUAUCCAAUGUUUUAGUCUGUAAGUUUUUAAAAAACAAAGCAAAAAAAAUUAUUCGUAAAACUCGAUGUUACUAAAGUGUGUUUUUGACAACAACAAAAAGAAAAAAUUAUCAACAUUUAUCGUGAGUAGAUUAAUUAUCGAACUAUCCAUUUAAAAACAAAAUUCCGGUAUGUUUAUGUUUUUGUUUGCAUUAUGGUGUUCCGAGAUAUUUAUGUAGACAAUAACUGGAGCGGUUAUUUCUAAAUUAAUUUUAAAAAAUUAAACGAAGCAUCGACGAUUUUAGUAAUUUCUUACCUUUCUCUGUGGAUAUUUUUAGAAUUAGUUCAAUUAAUACCAGGGAAGGAAUUUAAUAUUUCGUAUAAAUAUGAAUAAAAGUGUCUGAGGGCUGCAGCCCGUAGUACUUUUACUCAUCGUGAUACGAAAUAUCAAAUUAUUUCCCGAGUGUAGUAUGACGUUUUCCUUUACGAAGUAGGGGAAGACUUUUCCCUUGGGAGAGAAAGGUCACUUUCCCUCCCUAGUAAAAGAAAACUCUCCUUUCUCCGCUAGAUAUUAUUGUCUUGACAUAAUACCUACAAAUAGGCUGAAACACACUGUGGCAUUAUAGCAAAUUUUGAGUUGCAGUAUUGUCUAGUUUCCAUAGAAGUUUCUAAAGGUAAUAGUAGAUUCCAAAUGAAUAAAAGUAUCCGAGUGCUUCAGCUCGAGGUAUCUUUACUCAUUGUGAUACGAUAUAUCAAGUUACUUCACUGAUAUAGUAUGCUAUUUUACUUUACAAGGCACAGGGUUUUCACCUGCGAGGGAAAAGCCUCAUUACUUCACCAGUAAAGUAAAAUGAUUUUUCUCGUCUAGCUCAGUACAAACGGCAAACUGCCAAACGAUAUAUUACUACUGCCAUGAAAAGUAGAUUAUGCAUUUUAUGCAAAAUCUUGUGUAACCACCUCAGCUUCAUUUCAUCUCUUAUUUCUUUGGUCGUAAGAAAAUCGACCUCUCAGGCAGCUUCAAACAAUGUUGAAUUAACAUUCUGCAGAAAAUUCAUUUAUCAUUUUAUGCGAUCGCCACACGAUUACCAUUGAUGGCACAUAAGUACUUACAUUCGAGUUUUUUUUUUCUUAGUUUUGUUUUGUAUGUUAAGAUUGAAUAGUGGCUUACGAUAGCGAUUUAAAACAUAUGAUGUUAUGGUCAUGAAUUCUACAAAGAUGUCUCGGAAACCAUAAACGAUUCAGAAACCUUGCACCUGAUUGCGCAAAUUUUUGUAAAAUAUAAAAUACCCUCUAGCACCCACUGUUGUAUUUGAUGUAUGAAACACAUUUUUCAUUUAAAAAAAAAACGGAUAUUCCACCAAUGACAAAAAGAAUUUGUAAUUUUUUCGGAUGUGUUUUGUUUUUAGUUCUCUUAGAAGUACCACAAAACCUCAUUAUAAACCUUAUAUAAGCAGACUAUUAGAGACAAACAAGUAUCGUUUUUUCUGACUAUGGUUUUUUGUUUGACUAUAUAAAAGGGAUUGAAGCUUCGAGACUGAAAUCUGAUCUUCCUCUUUGUAGUGUAGGCUAAUAGUUAGGAAUCACACAAGUUAUUGAUUAUGGCUCAGGAAGAAAUUGAACUUUCGAGAAAGACGAGUCAUAAGGCGGAGUCCACUUCACAUCCUACUGUUCUCUGGAUUUUUACGUUUGUCUCGCUUUAUUAAUCGCGUAGCCGUUUUUUAGCCAUAUUAGCUCGAUUUAUUUGUUUCAUCCUUUUUCUUUCUUUUUUAAACAAGAAACCAUCUACAAAUAUAUGUCCACGGAAUAUCCAUUACUGGUGGGCACUAGACAGAAGUAUAAAAUCAAUAUCGUCCUUGACAUUUAUAUUGGAAAAGAAAAUUCUAUUAGGUACGAUCAUCAUAAAAUAUAAAAAUAUUUUCACUAAAAGUUAAAAUAAUUUCUGUCCAAAUUCCAAGCAAUUAAAAUUUUUUUAGAGAAAUAAAUUAUAUAAAUGAAACAAAUUGUACAAAUUUAAUGGAAAUGAAAAAAAAAAUAAGAAGAAGAAAAGGAAAAUGGAGCUGAAAAUUAAUGAGCGACCGGGUUUAUAGUAAAGAAUAAUGAAAUUGAAGAAAAUGAGUGGAACAUUUUUUUAUUAUUAUUUUAAAUAAACAAAUAAAAUAAGCAAUAAAUAUAUUGAUUGGAUGUAUUUUUCAGUUUGGAUACGGGAGAUGUUUUUUUUUAUCUAAAAAAAACAACAACAAAG